AUGCCAAGGCGUUCAGGUCGUCCUGACAACAGCGAGGCUAAGAGACCGAUUCUCUCAAACAUUGCCAUCACGGAGAGUCUCUGGCGCAAAUUCGGCCUUUCAAGAUUCGUGCCCUGGUUACGUGUGAUGCUGCUGCUCUGGAGGAAGUAA